AAAACAUUUGUAUAUUUAUCUAUUACUUAUUUGAUAGCCAAAAGUUGGAUGGUUUCGUUGGAGUCCUGUUAUUGAUGUUUGCACACGAGAAGAAAACAGAAGAAUUCUUCCUGAUACUCCAGAGAAUAUGAUUAAACACCAUAAGGAUAACUUGCAUGCAGAUUUUAGUUAUAUGUCUGGUGUGACUAGAGAUGAAGCUGUCUCUAUGUUAUUGAACGAAGUAAAACUGAAGGGUUCAAAAUUUAACUAUGAAAUUACAAAAAGUGCAUUUCAACAGAAAAUUCAGGAAUAUUCUGCUAUAUUUAACUAUACUCUUGAUGUUGUAGCUUUAUCAAAAGCCAUAGAGUUCAUGUACCUACCACAUGAAAAGGAUUUAGGGAAUCAAACCUUAUUAAGGAAGGGCUAUAUUAAUAUGCUUUCAGAUAGCUAUGUUAAAGCUCCAAAUGAUAAAAUGUUAAAAUUGCUUCUUAAGCGAAAAAUUAGGACUUACACAUAUGUAUUAAAUAGUUCUCUCGAGGGAUUGCAAAGCAUAAAAGAUCAUGAACAUAAUAUUUUUGGAGAUGUUGUUCCUCAUGAUACUGAGUAUUAUUUUAUCACUGGUGCUCCUUUUAUGGAUCCAAAGUUAUAUCCUGAUGGUCUGAAUCUGCAGGAAGCACAGUGGACUGAAAGGGAUAGGAACAUGAGUCAGUUUUUCAUGACUGUCUGGGCCAACUUUGCAAAGUUUGGGAAUCCAACUCCAGCUAAAGUGUUUGAUAUUUCUUGGGAGCUUACAGAUUCAAGGAAUAUGCAGUAUUUGUCCAUAAAUACAACCAAUUUUACAACUGUAAUGUUGUCAGGGUAUCGACAAAAGGAAAGCCAGUUUUGGAACUCUUAUUUACCAGCUUUGAUGAAACUCAAUUCAACACCUGCAUCUUACUGCCAGCCUUUAUUUCAACCAUGGGAAGAUAAGAAACACCAUUAUCUAGGUGCAUUAUGGGGAGUCUUAGGAGCUGUUGGAUUGUUUUUAAUUCUGAGUGUCCUUUGUUUUUAUCUGUAUUGUAGAGCUAAAAAUAAACAUGUUGUAAGUACUGAAGAUAUUCCAGAUGCUGUAUCAAUGACACCUUCAUCUAUUGAUACUCUCUUAAAUAUGAAGCGAGUAGAUCCUGGAAAUAGGUACUAUCCUGAAACUACUCUUUCAAAGCAAAAACAUACGCAAGUGUAAAAAUUUCAUGCUGUAUUUUUAAAUGCUACUUUUGUAUUUUCAUAUGAUUGUUUCACUUUGUAAUAUAUAUAUAUAUAUAUAUAUAUAUAUAUAUAUUCAUAUGAUUGUUUCACUGUGUAAUAUAUAUAUAUAUAUAUAUUCAUACGAUUGUUUCACUUCAUAAUGUAUAUUUAUGUGAUUGUUUGACUUUGUAAUGUAUAUGUUACGGUGAAACACCGAAAUCUGGAGAAUGUCAACAUUAACAUAGUCGCUUGGUGUAUGUCCGAAAUAGUUUCCAAAUACUCUUAUUUCUGACUUACACCGGUAAAUGUCGA